AUGUCAUCUAUUAAUGAUGUAAUUGUACAAAUAAACUCUGCAGCAACAACAACAAUCUUAGUAUUAGGUUUUACUAAUUUUAUUUUAGGUGCAAUUGGUCUUGUAUUUAAUUUGAUUAUAUUUACUCGUCCAAGUUUAAAUCGUGAACCAUGUUCAGUAUAUUUUUUUUGGUCAACAUGUUUUAGUUUAUUUGUUGUAUAUAUAAUUGUACCUUUACGUAUUCUUUCAAAUAAUUUUAAUAUAGAUAUGACAAAUAGCAAUCUUGGAAUUUGUAAAAUAGAAAAUUUUGCAAAUUAUUCAUCACGUGCAAUACCUUGUUGGUUAAUUUUAUUAGCAUGUCUUGAUAGAUAUUUUCAUAGUUCAUCUAAUGUAAAUAUUCGUCGAUUAAGUUCAUUAAAAGUAGCACGAUGGUCAAUACCAAUUUUAAGUUUAAUAAUAAUGAUUUUAUAUAGUCAUAUGCUUGUUUAUUAUGAAAUAUAUUAUACAACUAAUCAAUCUGGUAAUAUAAUAGGAACAUGUAGUCCUCAAAAAGGUAUUUAUCGUGCAUUUAUUGGAUUUUGGUAUAUGAUUUUAUAUUCACUUUGUCCAUCAUUAUUAAUGCUUCUCUUUGGUUUACUUACAUUAAAUAAUGUUCGUCAACAUCGUCGAGUAGUUCCAACAAUUUCUGGAAAUAAUCAAAUUCUUCGACGAACAGAUAAUCAACUUUUACGUAUGUUAAUUGCUCAAGUACUUGUUAUUAUGAUUGCAACAUUACCAUAUUCUAUCAAUCAACUUUAUUCAUCAUUUACUGCUAAUAUUACAAAGAGUACACUUCGUAUUGCUCAAGAAAGUUUUGCCACUCGAGUUUUAGGUUCAAUGACAAGUUUUGCACAUACAACUAGUUUUUAUUUCUAUACAUUGACGGGUACUAUUUUUCGAAAAGAAUUUCACAAAAUUAUUCAAAGAUGUUUUCAUAAAAAUCAAAAUCGUGAACCAUCACUUCAUCGAGAAACAAAUGCUAUCGGCAAUAUUCAUAGUAAUAGAAAACUUCUUAUUAGUCACAUUAAUUAUCCAUCAAAACAAUAA